GGCUACGGUAAGAGGUGUUCCUCCGGCCAUUCUUUUCCACUGCGGAAGACCUUUCCAGCAAGCAAAAAGCUUCUCCAGAAGACCCGCUUCGAGUCCUCCCCCGAAAAAGCCGUCGCCUUUCUCUCUUCUUCGUCGUCGAAAUCGAAUACCCACCUCCCCUUCGAUCCGGCGGAGUCGAACUGAAGUCUUGCAGAGCGGCAGGAACGAGGGGGAAGCGAAGCGCCUGGGACAUGGCGACGUCGGGUCUUUACCGGCGGGUCCUCCCUUCUCCUCCGGCGAUCGAUUUCGCCUCCGAUGAAGGCAAGAAGCUCUUCAUCGAAGCCAUCCAAGCUGGGACGAUGGAAGGAUUUUAUAAGUUGAUCUCUUACUUUCAAACGCAAUCGGAGCCUGCAUAUUGUGGAUUGGCUAGCCUCUCGAUGGUCUUGAAUGCCCUUGCCAUUGACCCUGGAAGGAAAUGGAAAGGUCCUUGGAGAUGGUUUGAUGAGUCUAUGUUAGACUGGUGUGAGCCUCUGGAAAAAGUUAAAGCUGAAGGCAUAUCAUUUGGGAAGGUAGCAUGUCUGGCUCGAUGUGCUGGAGCUGAAGUUGAAGCAUUUCGGACUAGUGAAACCACUGUAGAUCUCUUCCGUCAGUUUGUUAAAAGAUGUUCUUCUUCAGAUAAUUGUCACCUGGUCUCAUCCUAUCACAGAGCUGCUUUUAAACAGACAGGAACUGGCCAUUUUUCACCUAUUGGUGGUUAUCAUGCGGGAAGUGACAUGGUACUGAUAUUGGAUGUUGCACGUUUCAAGUCCCCUCAUUGGGUUCCACUUACCCUCCUCUGGGAAGCCAUGGAUACUGUUGACAAGACAACUGGACAAAGAAGAGGGUUCAUGCUUAUAUCCAGGCCAAAGAGGGACUCCAGGCUGCUUUAUACCCUGAGCUGCAAAAGUGAAGGUUGGGUCAGUGUUGUGAAGUACUUAAUGGAUGACGUUCCUCAUCUGUUGAAGUCUGAGGAUGUGAAAGAUAUCAAUGGCAUUCUCAGUAUUCUUUUGGCAUCACCCCCGUCUGGUUUUGGGAAAUUUAUCCAAUGGGUUGCUGAAGUUAAGAGGGAACAGGAUGGUGGUAUAGGGAUAAGCGAAGAAGAAAAACAAAGACUUGCGAUCAGGGAAGAGCUAUUAAAGCAAGUUCAGGAUGCUGGUUUUUUCAAGUACAUAGUUAAUUUUUUGUCUUCAACUUUAUGCUGCGGAAGAGUUCCAGUUUUUGGUGGCAGCGGAAAUCUUCAUGAAAUCGCAGCCAGCAUCUGUUGCCAGGGGGCAGAAAUUUUAAGUGGAAAAUCUGGCACCUCAGGCUGCUCUUGUGGUCAUGAAACAUGCGUUAAAUGCAUGAAAACUGAUGGUCACAAAACUGGGAUGGUGCUAAGUGCAACAAUUGUGAAGGGUAAAAACGAGGAAAAAGUCAACAUGCUGGUCCCACAAUCUCUGAUGGAACUCUGUUGUGGUGCCCCUGAUCCCAAUAACUGUAGUAGCACUCGACCUGUUGGAAGUAAUAUCUUAACUGCACUUCUGUUGACGUUGCCACCUGAAACCUGGUACAGUAUUAAAGAUGAGAAGCUUCAGGAGGAAGUACAGAGCCUUGUUUCAAUGGAUAAUCUUCCUGCCAUGCUUCAAGAACAGGUGUUGCACUUGCGGAGACAGCUUUACCAUCUGAAGAAGUGUCAAGAGAACAUGCUGGACGAGAUUCUCCCUGCCCCUUGCUCAUAGGGUUCCUCUCAGAGUUAGAUGAGUGCUCUGUAUAUAUUAUUAAGUCUGUCUGAUAAGCACGGCAGUUCUAACAUUGACCAGUAUUGCGGAAGGACAAUGCAUCAAGCAAGAACCACUUACUGUAUGUUAAGCAGGGAAGCAGUUUCCACUUACUGGAGCUGUCUCUCUCGAAGUAAGAUGACCUAAUUGGGACAUUGCGACAUUGAAGUGGCUACUGGCUACAAAUGGUGUGUAAGCUGUGUAGGCGUAAUUUUCAUUUUCAGACUACAAAAUUAUCUUGUCAGGUCACAUCCUGGAGUUUGAGGUCAAUACUAACGUUGGCAAAUGAAGAUUUUAAAGUGUCUGACAAGGCAUGUCACUGAGGCAUACAAUGCAGUAACUCCAUUUAGCUAGCGUUUAUAGAAUUCUCUUGUUGAUAAGUUUAACACAGUCCGUUUUGACAGGGGUAUGUAUUGAUAGUUGACAUUACAUUAUCUUUUUCUAAAAAGUGAAAUCUGCUUCAGUACAA